AUUUUGACAUCAACUGUCAAUUUCUUCUACGUCAUGCAUUUCUUGUAAAUUCAAUGAUGUUUAAUAAAUAUAAGUAAUUUACACGUAAAAAGAUAUUAAAAAUAUUAGUAUUAUAGUAAAAAUUAAAGGAAACAAUUUAAACGAAAACAACACCAGAAAUAAAAGCUAACAACAGCCAACAAACGAUAAUCGUACUUAGAAAGGUGGAAGUAUUUAAAACGAUAGAAAAUACAAUGCGAAGAAAUGCGCGCUCAUCACAACAUACACAUAAUGAUUAUUCAAUUUCUACUGUGCCAUACCACAAUAUACUUCUCAAUGAUUCAGACACUACCGAAGUUGAUUUUCUGCAGAUGAACAAUAUAUCUUCACGAAUACCUGCUACUUACAGCAACAAUAGUACAAACCGGUUCGAAAAUACAAUAGAAGCAAAAGUCGAAACUGGUGAUACGUUACAAGCUAUAGCAUUACGUUUCCACUGUACUGUUGCCGAUAUUAAGAGACUAAAUAAAAUCGAUAAGGACAACGAGAUUCAUGCUCGAAAAGUGGUUAAAAUUCCCGUAACGGUACACAAUGUACUCUUGGACACAUUACCAACCGUUCAUAAGAGCGGUAAUAAUAGUCCUAAUCCAGCACAAAAGUCUGGUGGCAGUGAGAGUCGCGACAGUAAUAGUGGUUUAAGUAGUAUUGUACGCAAUCCUCUUGAAGAUGCCGAAGCCAUGUUAAGCGAAAAACUGAUGGUAGCUUCAGUAAAUUCUUCAGGUUUAGACCAUCCGUCUACAAGUAAAGCAGCAACAGCGAGGGAAAACAACGUGAAUGACAUCAUAUUGAAUUCAAAACUAAAAUCGGGCACUUUGAAUGUCUACAAUGAUGGAGAUAUAUCAGCAAGUAAUCUCGACGAUGUAUCGGCACCUCUUAUAACGGAUAUUUUGAACGAUUCGACUAAUGCACCUCGAUUGCAUCGUAUACGUGGGCCAUCAUUGCGUGCAAUGGAUUGGUCAGGGACUGAUUGUGAUAUGUCGUGGAUUUGUUUGUUUGUUGUAAUUUUAGCUCUGUGUUUCGUCAUUCCACUUGUUUAUGUAUUCUACAUAGCUGAACAUGCUCAUCACAAUACAACAGGAUCAAUUUCUCCAACUCACCAAUGACAUUUAGUAAAAGUUUCCUAACAAUUUUUUUUACCAUUGUCUGGUAUUAAAUCUCGACUAAAAUAAAGGCCUCUUUAAUUACUAUACGAAUAGGGAAGUGAUAAUUCAUUGGCUUUAGAAUUAAGUGAUAAAUAUAAUUUUGUUGUGUACUGUUUUUCGGAGAAUAUUAAUAAUUCGCCUCUUAAUAUUCAAUAAUAUCGGUAUAUAUGUAUAUUUUUAAUUACGUCAUUUUGAAUGACACAUCGUAUUUAAAAGCUCUUCCAAAAUUAAUUUUAAUAUUAUCUAAUUUUUUAUCAUAUAAAGAAAAAACAAAUUCAAAGAUUGCAUUUAGUAAAAAAUUAAAAUUUUAAAUUUUGAAAAGUGUUAUAAAUGGAUGAACAAGAUUUUAACCAAGAAUAAA